UUUAAAAAGAAAGACAGGGAGUCAGUCUGAGACGGGAGCAACCUCCAGUCCUGUCAGCUAAUAAUCAGCAUUUUUUGAUCAGGAAGUGGUAGUUACGUUGGUAGGCAAUGGCUGGCUUUGAAGAAUUGAGUGUACGUGGUUACGAUGAGUUUGUGAAAGCUGUAGAGCAGCAUAAGGGCAAACUCGUUUUUGCUUAUUUCUCAGGCAGUAAAAAUGAAGCUGGAGAGAGUUGGUGCCCUGACUGUGUGAAAGCUGAACCAGUAGUGCGGAAACAGAUGAAGAACUUGCCAGAAGGCUCCGUGUUUAUUUACUGCCAAGUUGGAGAAAGACCUUACUGGAAGGAUCCCAGCAACGAGUUCCGGAAAAAUCUGAAGUUGACAGGAGUUCCUACACUUCUAAAAUGUGGAACUCCUAGGAAAUUAGUAGAAGAGGACUGUAUGAAGGAGGAUCUUGUUGAGAUGUUGUUCGCUGAAGACUGAUGGUGGCAAGAAGUUCUUUUACACAGCAAUAUGGAAUCUUGUUUGUUUUUCUGGCAUCUUCCAACUUCUAUAUCUCCUUCAGCACUGUAAAAAAUAGAUUAUGUCAGACUGCUGAAUUUUAAUAAAGCUGCAACAAUUCUAUUUCAGGUAUACUGAAAGGGAAAGCGAGCAAUCAUGGAAAAGAUUGUAUAAAUCAGAGUAAGAGUUUUUUAUGAAUCAGAGUUGCUGACAAUUUAUUGCAGUAUUAUCAACACCUUCAAAUUAUAAUUCAUUAUUCAGAAAGGUAAAUGCCACUAGUAGGGGAUGUGAGGAAGCAGUAUUAGUGAGGAUGGAAGGAAAGGGAAGAAGGUCCAUUUAUGAGAUUAGAGUAAUAUUUCAUUUCAUUAUAAAGCAGCUUUGCAGGGUAUGCUUUACAGUGAUGGUUACCAAAGUCUACAGCACACUUGACUGCUUAUUUAAAAAAAAAAAUCGAUUUCCUGGCUACUACUAUUGUCCCCUUUUUUCCCCCUGAAGGGCUGGAAUGCUUCAUAGCACUGUUUUUUGUAAUGUGUAGCAGUAGAUGUUUACAAGAGUAUUAGUUUUGAAAGUUGUCCACAUUGCCAAGAUCUGCUGGUAUCAUUCAGAAUAGUAUUAAUAAUAAACUUGGCAGGUGUUUCACUCUUUUUUUAAACAUCUAGCUCAUCAGAGGCAUGAUUUUAUUUCUUUAAGGAAACUUGUGUGGUGGUGGUUGUAAUAAAUGUUAUCAACAUAUCAGCUGAUGUGGACUACAGUCCACAUUCAUGCUGACCAUGUUGUAAGAAGCUGUGGUCCUGGGGUAUCAUAAUAGCUGGUCACAGUGCAAUAGUGCAAAGCUGUCUUGCAGAAAAGUACUUGUGUGAGCUGAAGAUUGCGUGCACACAAUUUUUUUAUGCUGUUGUAUUUGAUCCAUUUAUUAAAAAAACUUGGUCUAUUACAUUUGUUUUUUAGACUAUUUUUGAUUGCUUUCUAUAAAGCAUACUGUUGAAGUUAUGGGAUCUCUUGCAAAAGAAAUAAAUGCUUUUCACAUGAUA